GUUGGAUACGGAGUGUUUACGCUGCAGGAGCGACAGGAGCUGACACAAGCCCGCAAACCAGCAUCAGAAAAACGGGAACAAAAUUGUCAUUUCCUGCGAAAGAAGACGAAUGUGAGCAGUCUGAUUCACUUUAUAGGCUGAGGGAGGAUGCACACUACUCGCAGUCCCGCGUCCAUCCAGCCUGGAGGGGCCGGUGAUGCUCUUGAUCUGAGCUUGAGUGGAUCGCAGCUCUCUAUGGGCCGCAGACCCAGCAGUGCAUCACCAGGGAAACACUUCUCCCGCUCCAUAUCUGUGUCUGUGGCCAGCGAUGGCCGUGGCAAACGCAACACACUGGUUGACUCUGGGUUUGGGAGCUCACGUGCCAUUAAGAACCUGAGGCGGUCCAACAGCACUACACAGGUGAACCAGCAGGCCAACGUCAGCCUCAGUGAUGGCCAUGCUGAGGACUUCAUGGCUCUGUUUGACAGCAGCACUGAUGGGAGGCGAAAGCUGGCCAGCCUCACUAAGGCCUCCCCAGACCGCACGACAUGGAAUAUACUGGACGACCAGCCGCGAGCCUUCCCCCUGCCCUCCAGCUCACGUAGUACCUGCAGUAUGGAUUCCCCCACUGGCCUGAAGAAGAGAGAUUCUGGUGUCUCCCUGGCUGCCAACUUUACUGCUAACAACAGGAGCAAUAAAGGAGCAAUGGGUAACUCAGUAACUACCAUCCUACACAACAACCACUCGGAUAAGCCCCUCACGCCCAAGAGCUCCAACCAGAAACCCUGCUUCAAUAAUAUAAUCAAGGCCACAGUAAAUGAUGAGGGGACGCUAGAGAGCGGCUCCCUCACUAAGUCACAGAAGAAUUUCUCCUCAUCUUCGUCCAACUCCAACAACAACGCUCCCCGCAGCCCUCGCACCGCUGGCAGACGAGAGGUCACUGAGGAGGAGGCAGAGAGGUAUAUCCAGCAGGUCAGCCACGCAGCAGUUACCAUUCAGCGUUGGUUCCGUCACCAUGUCAACCGGAGGAGAGCAAAUGAUGCUGCCCUUAGGCAGCUGCUCAUGUCCAAAAAGAAGGAAAGGGAGCAACGACAGGAGGAAGAUAAAGCAGUGGGAUCACAGAAGAAGAAGGAGGAGGACAGGAAACGCAUCAGAGAGGAGAAGGCUCGUUUGGCCAGACUCACUGCUAUUCAGGAGUUGCAGCAGAAGCGGGCCCAGCGGGCAGCCAAGGUGCAGCAAACAGCGGAGGAGGAGCUGGAUGCCUUGCAGCAGGCUGGGAAGGUGGGCCGUAAAAAACUCACCCAGAGUUUACCCACCUCUCCAAUAGCUGCCAAGGCCAAGAACACAGACUCAAAUGUAAAUUUGGCAAGUGAGUUGGAAGACGCUGCUAACCUGAGGGCAGUUUCACCUGCAGUGUCAACACGAAGAGGUUCUCAGUGUUCCCAGGAGAUUCUACAGAGGUCUGUAAGUGUUGAGGACCAGAGGCAGGGGGUGUCGUCCAGCAGAGCUCAUUCUAAAACCACCCUUAAUGACCUGCUGGAUUCCCUUAAGCUCUUGGAGGAGGAACCAGAGGGACUGUCAGAGGACAAGAGCUACAGAAAAGAGAAAUAUGCCUGGAUUGAUGAGGACGGAACCUCUAACUCCCUAACUGCGGAUAACCUAGAGCGUCAUGGGCAGCUGAGUCAGACCCCCGCAUUGCCAGAUGAGGGCGCCCUCCUGUCUGAGGCCAAGCUACAAAGCAUCAUGAGCUUCCUGGAUGAGAUGGAGAAGUCGGAGCAGGAGAGGCCUCGCUCAGUCACAUCUGGAUCACAUAGAGAGGUGCUGCUGUCUGAGGAGGAGCUGGCUGGCGUGGAUCACGCUUCAGCUACUGCUGCUGAGGUCACCAGCUCCAUGAUGAGACUCAAACUGGAGUUGGAGGAGAAGAGACGCACUGUCAACAUGCUACAGGCUGCUCUGGCUCAGCAGAGAGAGCUGACGCUCCAUCAUGUGAAGGAGACAGAGAAGGAGCUCAACCACAACUUCCAGCUGCAAAAACAACAAUAUGAGGCAACAAUACAAAGACACCUGGCUUUCAUAGACCAGUUGAUCGAUGAUAAGAAGGCCUUGAGUGAGCGCUGUGAGGGGGUGGUAGCUGAACUCAAACAGGUGGACCAAAAAUAUACGAAGAAGAUUAGCCAGAUGCAGGAGCAGCAUGAACUAGUGUGGCAAAUUCUGGGUCCCUUGUGUGAGGAGAUUAAGAAGCUGAAAGAGUUGAUGAGCGCCUCAGAAAAGAUCCGCAGAGAGAAGUGGAUUGAUGAGAAGACCAAGAAGAUCAAGGAGAUCACUGUUAAAGGCCUGGAGCCGGAGAUCCAAAAACUGAUCUCCAAACACAAGCAGGAGCUGAAGAAGUUGCGUGUCCUUCACGAGGCUGAGCUACUACAGGCAGAUGAGAGGGCUGCCCAGCGCUACGUACGGCAGAUCGAGGAGCUCCGGCAGCAGCUGGAGAAAGAGAGAGAUGAGCAGUGCCAGAAAGAGAGAGAACUCGCUAAGCAGAGGUUUGAAAAGCAGCUUCAAGAAGAAGAGAAUGCCCUGCAGCAACAGAGGAGACGUCUCUAUAAAGAAGUGGCGGAGGAGAAGGAACGACUUGCUCAGUUAGCGGCAAGGCAGCGUGCUGAGCUGGAGGAGUUGAGGACUCAGUUGGAGAACAACAGCUCGCUGGCUAAUCGAACGCUGAGGGAAGAGAUGGAAAAGAGCAGAGAAGAGCAAGAGAGACGGCACCAGGUGGAAAUGAAGGCGCUGCGAGAGCGUCUGGAAAUCGAGAAACAGACGUGGGAAGAAAAUUACAUGAAAAAGGAGGAAGCAUGGUUGCUGAGUCGAGAGCGAGAGCUGAAAGAGGAAGUGCGGCAGGGGCGGGACAAAGAGAUUGAGCUGGCCAUUCAGAGGCUGGAAGAAGAGACGAGUGGCGCUAGAGAAGAGUGCGAGAGAGCUGCUGAUAACCGUGUGAAGCGUGUUAGGGAGAAAUAUGAAGCAGAACUACGGGAGUUGGAGCGGUCAGAGCGAACGGCCCUGGAGAAGCAACAGGAGAUGAAGAAGAGACAGACAGAGACGGAAGGGGAGCUGCUCCGUCUGCAGACAGUCCUCACACAAAAAGAGCAAGAAAUUGCUGACAUCACCCAGAUCCGUGAUAAGCUGGCAGAAGAGAGGCGGAGCCUGGCGGAGGUCAUCCGGCAGGAGUUUGCUGAGAGGCUGGUUGUGACGGAGGAAGAGAACAGGAGGAUGAAGGUGGAGGUGGCGGAGGUGCGUGCCCGACUCCGUCUAGAAGUGGAAAGGCUGAGUAGAGAGAAAGAGGAAGAGCUGGCCGAGGUGCACCAGCGGGUGAAGUCAGCCAUCUUGAAGAAGGAGGAAACUGUAAACAACUUGCGAAAACAACACGAGGCUGCGCUGAAGAGAGCAGAUCACCUGGAGGCUCUGUUGGAGCAGCAGAGAAAACAGCUGUUAGGGAAGUGAUUGACAGGCCAAGAAUUCAUCCCUCCCCCAUCCCUCACACUAAUCUCCCUCUCCCCUCCACUGCCCAUGGACAUGGACUGGUGAGGACGGCGGCGGGGCUCAGGCGCACUUCUCCGUCCGUCCGGAGCAGCAGCGUCGCCUUUCCCGUGGGAACAGGAGCAGAACCGAGAGAGAGAAAGAGAGAGAGGUGUUUCUCAGCAGGAACUCGGCUAGAGAGGCCCUUUGUGUCGCUCUUCUACUCUUCUAUGCCUUGUACUACACUAUGGACUCCUCUUUACAUCCAGCCUCACAUAGACUAGCAGAGAUAAAAAGACUUUAGGGGGAAAAGGGAGAGGAUUUUUCUGUUGGAGACGCUUUCCCUGUGUGAGCACAGAGUAUGAGUGGGGGUGGAAAAGCCCCUCUCUGGGUACAAAGACCUCAAGUAAGCACUUCCAGAUGUUUCAAGCACUCUCCACUGUCCCUCCCUCCAGCCUCCCCAAGUGAAUGUGCCGAGUUUUGCCCUUUUAAACAACAAGCUGCAUUCUGAGAGCGAGUGAGAGAGAGCAAAGAGGUAGGGGGUUUGAAACCCCACUCUGUUCAGCUGUCAAAUAAUUCAGUUAUUUAUAUUCAGAUACUCUAUUAAUUGCAGUCUGUUACUCAGCGCAGCUUAUGGUCUGUUUUUCUGUGUUUUUCUGUUCUGCAUCCUCCCCAGCCCCCCACCCAACCCCAGGCAUUCAGCUUCAAUACAGAGAGAAAGGAACAGGGAGGGUGACCCCCCCCCAUCUUUGUGUUACUUACAGAUGCCUUUUGUCUCAGCCCCCCCUGGCUAGUACUAAAUUGUGGGAUCAGCCUUGAAGCCCAUUGCACAUAUAUGGAUACACAAAGCCCUCAUUACCAGCCCAAUGCUGCUUCUGUAGUGUGUUAUAAGCCAACGUAAUGUUGUUUCUAAUUGCAGAACUAAUUUAAAGGGGAAUUCCACCAAUUUUUCAAAAUUUCUGCACAAUUCAAUCGUUAUGAUGUUAACAAAGUCAGUCAAGUUAGAGUGGUUUGGUGUGAAAUUCUUUAUCCUAGAGAAAAUCAGAGUCAGAAUUGUUCACAGUGGUGCUGGUGGGAACCAGUCAUCUUUAAUGCCUCUAAAAGCUCCCUCAGAGAAGGCUAUUAUAUAAUGAUUACUGACAAGUUGCCUGAUGCCUGAAACACUGUUUCAUGAUGGUUUUGAGAGAUAGUUUUGGCUUAAAAUCCAUUCACAGCAGAUCGGUAUAUGCAGGGUGCUAUAUAUUGUAAGGCAGAAUAGUCAGCAAAUAUUUUUUCACAUUUAUCACUUCGUUGUAAUUAUGAACAUUACAUAUAAAAACUCAGACCCAAUUUUGGAUCAUAAAUAAAUUGGCUAUAAAUGCAUUGUAAACAUUGCGACCUCUUGUUCCUGUCAUCACCACUGUAAAUAAAUCUGAGUUGAUAAGUUUCCCAAGAAGGGGGUAUUUCACAUCAAACCACUUUGAAUUACUUUUUGUGUUGAAUUAUGUUGGAAUUUUUUUAAAAAAAAAGUGGAAUUCCCCUUUUAAUCUUGUUUGGAUAGAAUCUUUGGAACGUUGUUGGAGAGAGAAAGAAAAGGAAUUUGUCUUUUGAGUAGUCCACAGAUAGGUAGGGUUUUACAAUAGGAGAACGUAGUACCCAGAGUAGUUUUGUUGGGUUCUAUGGAGAGUGAGAGAGAAUGCUUUAGGAUGUGAGACGGAUAUGAAGAAAAAAGAAAGAGGGGUGGUGAAUAGAGGAACGUGCAUAGGAAGUGUUUAUAGGAUUAGGGUAAGCAGCGCUGGCUCGUAUAUAGUGGGCUUAUGGGGGCCACAGAGUUAAACUAAACUAUUGCAGUGCAGGUUUUCAUAGCCAACACUAAAAGCCUUUCAGUUUCUCCAUGCAAUGUACACCUCUCACAAAGCCUGGAGGGGGUCUGGGACAGAAUGCAUUAAGGGGCUGAGGGCAGAAAGUCUGCUGUCCCUCCUUCUUCUUUCUCCUUCUUGUCUUUUGUUUGUACAGCAUCAGCCUUGUAAUGACGGAUACCCGUCGACGAAACGUCCUUUCUUAAUUUGGCUGCGUUCUGUGGAAUGUACUCCGAUUUGCCCUUUUGAUUUGAACCUUUCCCAUUUUUGAAAGGAGACUCUGUCUUAUAAAAGCACCACUCAGAAACAGGAAAAGUGGCAUCUUGUUUCUGCUCUAAGAGUCUUUUCAGCUCAGAAAACCACUCGCAAAGAAAGAUCACACAGAUUGUGACUAAGGGGAAGCUAGAUGACCUUUUAUUUGGGGAUGUCCCAGGUUGGCCCAGAUGCCCUAGAUUUAUAUUAGAUUGAAUCUAGUUUCAACUUUGAUGUUUAUUGUAGCAGAUGCUCUAGAAAGGCUGCCACUAAAUGGAGCACAAUGAUGAUGUAAGCAGGCCAUAAGCAAUUCUGUGCCUUCACUUUGAUGAAAAGGCCACGUUUCUGACCUUACUGAACGCUGUACAGUUAGUACUGCUCACUUGUACCAUUUUUGGAUGGGUUUUAGUACGUCAGGUUGUUCUGAUGUGUGUUGGUUAAUAAAUGAUGAUGUGCUUAAGCACGGUAGGGGUCCCAAAGUCUAAGACCACAUAAAAAAAUCUGGGUUUUUUUUUAAUGAACAACAGAAGGUUGUUGGAAGUUAAAAGCAUUUUGAAAAUGUGAAACAAAGAAAAGUAAAAUGAAGAUGAAACAGUUAAGUUUCUGUACUAUUACAGACCAAAUUUAAGCAAAAUUUAAGCAAAUUUAAGCAAAUUUCAAUUUAAGGAAAUUUGUUUUGUUUUUAGUCUCAUCUCUUCUAUUGAAAUUGUUGACUCUCAGGUGGAUUUGAUUCAGAUUCACUGAGAUUCAGAUUUUCACUAGUGAUCUCAGACUUUCGGACCCCACUGAGUGAAAGAGGUGUUCUUCUGGUUCCCUGUUAGCAAUUUAGCCGAGUCUGGGGACAAACUACAGGUGUUAUUUUUCAGCGGCGUGAGGGAAGUAGCGCUUCCUGAAAAAUCCAUCAGCACACUGCCCACACACUGUUCGCUCACAGGAGACUGGUCUCCGUUAGCAUUAGCAUUAGCUAAUAGAAAUGGCACAGGGAUCUAAAAUGUGUUUUUUAGCCUUGAGGACUCCUGAUGGUCCAUGAUGGAGCUACUAAAGGCCCACAAAGGCCUUUAAUACCUGAGCAUGUCAGUAGAACUUGGCAUAAACUCAGUGAAAGAGGUUCAUGCCAGGUUAAUGCGAAGGUGAGGAGGAGUUCUGCACAUAUUUUCUGAAGGGUUCCAGUGGAUUGGUGCCCACAAGCGUGGCAGCAUAGUUGGCAUUGCUGGUGCAUGCCAGAACUACUCAUGCCAAUGAGCUCUUCUGUUUUUUGUGCUGUCUCUCAUAGCCAAGCGCCGGUCGCCCCCUCAUGCCAUUUUCCCCUUUUUACUCUUUCCACCCUUUUAUACGCCCAAAGACUAGAAGUAAGUAUUGUCUGCUAUCGGUCUUUCUGCUUUGUUGUUAAUUUUAUUUUGUAUUAUUUUUAAUGAUCUGUUGUUAGUAUUCCUGUGUGUCUUUACUUGUAGCUCUUAAUUAUUCCAUUGCGAGUUUAGUUGUUGUUGUUUUAGUCGUUCUGAUUUAAUUAUGAUUGUUUUGAAACUGUGAAAUGAAAAGUCUUUGUGUAAAAUAAAUAAAACUAAUUUAGAUGAC